AUGACUAGUGAUUCUCCUAAAACUAUCGGCGAAGCUAAAAACCUUAUUGAAAUUAAUGAGAAAGACGAGGAGCCAACAACUUUGACGUUACAUACAGCUGGAUUCGAUGCUCGUUUUCAAACACAAAUCAAUCAAGACACUGUUGGCAAAACUACGUGGAUUACUUCAAGUGUAUCAAAAGCCGUGGUCAUGAUUAUCCACCAUGUCAACAAUUUUUUCGAGCUGAUCAUAUUCUUUGUCCCAGUGAUUGGGUAG